AAAUAUAUUAAUCAACGUAAACAAAAUGUGACACAGCCCAAGUUUCAAAUUUUGUACAAGACACUUACACACACACAUAAACCAUAUUUAUUAAAUUAUCUUACACUAAUAUUCUCUUAAAACAAACGAAUUUUUACAUUACCUCUCGAAACUAAUGUACAAAACACAAACAAUGUUUAGAUUUUUAAGAUUCAUUUCCAAUAUAAAAUCAUCAACACUGAUCAUCAGACCACAUCAGAGAUGUUAUUCUGUCCAUGGUGAAGAAAUCCCGGCCACCCAUGCUUGGAAUCUGAGCAACGACGGAGGAGAUAUUUCCUGUUUGGGAUCUUACACUGAAGGCUCAGGUAUUAUCUUGGGUGUAUACACUAGUGAAAAGACUUCAAACAUAGUAUGUCUAACUAAAACCGCAACCGUAUUUAACCAUAACAUAAAUGGAAGACUUAUAGAUGCUUUGAAAGUAACACCUCUUCCUAGGCUAGGGGAGGUCAGAGUGUAUCCUAAGUUAGACCCGACAUUCGACGUAGUGGCAAUUGCCGGUUUAGGGAGAAACGGAGCAGGCUACAACAAACGAGAGGGUAGAGACGAAGCAAAAGAAAAUGUAAGAAAAGCUGUCGGUGCCGGAGUGAUAAAACUGCAAGCGAUGAAAGUCAACAAAAUCUACGUAGAAGGAUUCGAUGAUCCAGAGUCGGCGGCCGAAGGUGCUCAUUUAGCAGUCUGGCAAAAUCACCAUCUUCUAUCAAACACAAAGAGAAAGGUAAAAAUGCCAGAUUUGAUUUUGUACGGUGACUGUGACAUGAAAAAGUGGCGGAUUGGUCUGGAAAAGGCGGAGGCUCAAAAUUUUGCGAGAAAACUAAUGGAAACUCCUGCUAACAUGAUGACUCCUCGCGCUCUAGCGUACACAAUAGUUCAAACUCUUUGCAAAACUAACGUCAACGUCACGUUAAGAAGUGAGCGGUGGCUUCAGGAAAACAACAUGAACGCUUUUCUAGAAAAUACCAAAGGAUCGCCUCAGGGUCCUAUUCUGGUCCAAUUAAACUACAACGGCUGUGAUCCAGGAAUCCCUCCAGUGGUUCUGAUCGGGAAAGGAUUGACUUUCAAUUCUGGCGGGCUUUGUCUUAAGAAGUGUGAGGAAAUGAAACACAUGCGAGGUGACAUGGCAGGAGCAGCCGUGAUCGUUGCUGCCUUCAAGGCUAUGGCCGCCCUCGGACUUCCUAUCAACGUCGUAGGACUUCUGGCUAUAGGAGAAAACAUGCCGGGAGGAACGGCGGGAAGACCGAAGGAUAUCGUCAAAUCUCUCAGCGGUAAGUCCAUUCUUGUCUCCCCAAGAGAUUUCAGUGGCAACCUAAUGUUAGCGGACACUCUUUGUUUCGCCCAGAGCUUCAAUCCGAAGUAUAUAGUAAGCGUUGCAACUUUGACAAAGGAAGUGCGAACAGCAUUUGGCCUCUCAGCUUCAGGUUUGUUCACGAAGAACGAGAAACUGUGGCAGCUCCUAAAGAUAGCAGCCAUUCAUAGCGGUGACCGCGUAUGGAAGUGUCCGCUAUGGCGAAUGUACGAGCGGGAAAUCAAGGACUUCACGAGCUCUGACCUGUCUACCCUCCAGCGAGAUGAAUUCUAUCCCCGUGGUAUCAGCUGCACGACGACCGCAUUCCUCAACCAGUUCACCUGUCAUAAGAACUGGGCACACAUAGACACCUCAGGUACCAUGUACGAGGGAGGGAGGACGUCGUACCUGAAGAAAGGGAUGUCUGGCCGGCCAACACGAACGUUAAUUGAAUUUCUAGGACAGAUGGCGUACCCACCAGAUUUAGAAGACGGAAAAAUAUCUUCAGACACUGUGAAGCAAGACGCUUGUGGCUAGAUCUGCUGAAACUGUUCAAACGCCGUUUUAAUACUGUACUCUGUAAGUGUGGUGUUGUCCUAUUUUUACUAAUAAAAUUGCCUAUCAUGUUU